AUGCUUAAAGAAGAGCCUGGUAUCAAAAUACUUUAUGAAUCAACGGAAUUUAUACCUGUCCCAGGUGGAGAUUGCUCUUCUUAUUUUGAAGAAGAAAACGGUAUUUCGGAAAGCUUUGGCAAUGAUCUUGCAUUUUUACCAAAGGGAAAAAUACAAAUCAACACUACCGAAUCGGAAGAUAUAUUUUUUACUAUACAUAUCAAUGAUGACACUUAUGAUCAUUUAAAUCAAAGUUCUCCUAUGAAGAUGCAUGCAUUUGAUUCUGAUUAUCCGUACUCAAAUAGAAAUCCACCUAAGUUUAUUGAAUCAAUUGAGACGGAAAAUAAAUAUUUUUUAGCACAAUCUAAUGGUACAAAUGUAUUUUAUUUUAAUUUCUAUAGGCUAAGAAGAGAAGAAUUGGAUAGUUCAUUUCCUACCCUACUCGGUUUCAACCCAAAAUAUGAUACAUACAAUUACAUUGAAUCUGAUAUUGAGGCUAUCGAAUAUCCGGGAUUCAAAAAUAUUUACGCAUCGGUGAUAAUUACACUAAAAACUUCUAUCUUAGAAGUGUUAGCAAAUAUUGCUGCUCUUUACGGGGUAACUUUUAGUGCUUAUACACUCUUAUUUGGACUAAGAGUAAGAAAACCGCUUCUAAAAAAAUGUAUGGCUGCCGAGGCCGACGGUUUAAAAGAAACAAGAGAAACAACCGAACACGAACAAAUUGAACCGUAA